AUGGAUGUUGACGGUUUCAUUUCAGGUCUUGAGGGCUUGGAUCAGAUUGGGCCGUCCGUCUACCGCGUGGCAAUGAAACUUCAAAGUCUACAGAACAUCUGUCACAUGGAUGUUGUUUUGCUUCAACACAUCACAGCAGCACUCAACCUGGGGAGCGCACCUAUGCGGGAUUGCAUGCUCAACAAGCAGGAAGUAACUCAGAACCUAAAGAGGAUGUUCUGCAACACGUCAGUGGAACUGUCGAGUCAUGUGAUGCUGGAGAAGUCUGAGCAGAUAUGCAGUUUGAUGUUCAGGAUGUUUGACAGGAAUGAGUCGGGUCACAUUGCAACACUUUCUCUUUACGUUGCUCUCAUCUGUUUAUCGGCUGAAACUCUGCUGCUAAAAUAUAGAGGUUUUGUGUGCGCAGCAACAAAUGUUUCUGGGUCCAUCAGCAGGUCUUCCCUCAGAGCGGUAUUGGAGGAUGUGAGCCAGGUUCCUGCUGUAGUCCAGGAGGAAGGCGUGUUUGGUGACGUUGAUGAGGCGGUCAAGUCGUGUUUUCAUGGGGUGCUGACCCACACCGUAAGAAGAGAACACGUGUCUUCAUGGCUGCAGAGUGAGCCUCAUCUGUUACUAUGGUUACCGGUCUUGUUUCGUCUCUCCAUGAGUCAGAAGGUUGUUCACAACGUCCGCUGUCACAUUUGCAAGACAUUUCCCAUCAGCGGACUCAGGUAUCGCUGCAUGAGGUGUGUCAGCUUCCAUCUGUGUCAGAGCUGCUUCCUGUCUGAGCGACACACACGCAAACACAAGAGUCACCACCCAGUCACUGAGUUCUGUACACAGCCCACCUGGCGAGAGUCUCUCUCCUACAUGGCGCGCUGUGCUGGUCACUUCCUGUCACCACGGCGAUUCAGUCAAAGAGGAACUGACAGGCGCAGAGGCCUGCAGGGGAAUCAACGCAGUCAUCUGCCCCCACACUGGACCAACACCACUGAAGAAUGUAAGAGCAGAACCUCCCACGAUUCCUCAGUGCAUCCUCACUCCUCUUCAUCGAUAUCACUGCAGACUGAAGACAUGCUGAUAGAACAGUCGGAGGUGUCCACUUUGCUGGCUGAAGUCAGAGACCUCAACAGAGACAAGAGGCUGUUGGAAGAGGAGAUGAAGGUGUGGCGUCUCGCUGUUCAAUCAGAACACAGUGUGCUGGAAGAAAGGUGCACAGAGAUGGAGAUCACCAUGGAAACAGUCCGAGAACAUAAUUGCCAUCUGCAGGUGAUGCUCACUCAGGCCCAGAUCAAGAACAAAGCCAAUUAUGUCCCACAGCAGGACAAGAUGGAAACUAUAGAAAAGAUGUUGACUUCAUCGGAAGCAGACAGGAGUACAGACGCAGACCUUAACAAAGAAUUCCCAUUGAAGACAGACAACCAGUGGCAUGAAAACGAGGAAACGAUAUCAACCAACCAGAAAAUACCUUGGUCACAUGACAUCCACUAUGAGGAGGCGGAGUCAGCAGGUGAACGCCUUCUUUGUCAAUCAGCACAACAGGAGAUCGCAAAGAAGGAGGAGCUUUGGCAGGAGGACACGUGUAUGGUUGAAUGUGAAUCAUGUGGUCCAGAAAAGCUGCUGCAGGAAACGGCGGACAGACUGACUGUCUUGUGGACAUGCAGGAGGAAAGACAAACAGUCAGGUGAUGAGAAGGGGGCGGAGCUUAUUGAGGCUGCGAACCUGAUUGGAGACUCGUUACGCUGCCUAGUGGACACAGUGAGACAAGUCCAGCCCCACACUAUAGAUUGUAUGUUGAACUGAUGUCUAUUCUGAAAUAUA